UCUGUCUUUUUUUUUUCUGGCGACAUUUAUAUAAACAAUUCCGUUACACACCGUCUCUCAGCAUUUAGGCCUUUGUAUAAUUUUAAUCAAUACAAAAACUUAACGCGGUAUAAAAUUUGAGACAAUAAUACAAUGGGUAAUACUUUGCGUAAAACUUUUGGAAACAUGUGUGGUGCAGAGGCAUCAAAGGAUCUAUCUUCAGAAGAUCAUCUUAAGCCUGUAGCAAAACCAAAAAAAAAUAAAAAAGAAAAGAAAAAAAAGAAAAACAAUGGAGAUACUAAUAAUUUGACAGCCCAAUCCAUUCCAGAAGACGAUGGGAUAAGUCCACUUCCUGUUCAAGUAACAGAAAUUUCAAAAGAGAUCUCUGAUAAUAAAACUCUUUCAACACCUCAAGUUUCCACAAACAUUGAUAGAGAUAAAAAUUCUUCUACAAAUAGUUUAAAUAAAACUGAUCAAAGUAAUGUUAUUUGCGAAAGUAAUCUAAAAAGUAAGGAAGUAUCUCAAAAAGAAGAUACUUUUCAAGAAAAAGAUACUUUUCAAGAAGAAGGUACUUUUCAAGAAGAAGGUACUUUUCAAAAAGAAGGUACUUUUCAAGAUGAAGAUACUUUUCAAGUGGCUGUAGCAAACUUAGAUAAAAACAUUUAUUUAGAAAAAGACAAUACAGUUUUUCAAACAUUAAAUAAUAGUGUUGAAAAUAUGUUCAAUACAGAUAGUGUUAGAAUAGCAAGUCCUCUUGAUGAGUUCAAUCUAGGAAUUCAUAAAGUUGUUGUUAUUACCAUGGAGGAACUGGGCAUUGCUUGUGCAGAUAACAUAUUUAAGAAGUGUGUUGAUGCGUAUUUACUUUUUAUGGACGACUGCAAGAAGUUACACUUUGCUAUCAUAGAUUUCCAAAAGUCUAUAAAUGAUAUUGAAGAAUUAGCUGCUGAUUUUUGGGAGAGUUGGGAAAUAUAUUGUAGUCUCAUAGUGGAAGGAAAUAAUCUCGUUGACUAUACCAAAAAAGUUAACAUAUGUGACAUACAUAUGAAAGUACAAGUGAUGCGAACACUCUGUUUGACUCUUAUUAAUACAAUAAGCAGAGUCCUACCGGACUUAGAAAGUUUACUUUUGGAGGCAAAUACUGUAGAUGUAAUUGAAUAUGUUAAAGGCGAAAUGGUUGAAGGUGAGAAGUUAGGUAUCACAUCAAAGUUUUCAGCUCCUGGAAAGUAUCGUAGAAAUAUUAGAAAGCUUCGAAAUUCUAUUGAUAUAUUGAAAACUGUAGAAAAAGAGAGUAAAGAAAUACUAUUACUCGUAGAAAAGAGCAGAGAUGAAUUUCAAAUGAAAACUGCUUCUUCUAAACAUAUGAAAUUUGAUGAUGAUGCAACAUUAAAAUUGAGAGAAAACAAUAAAGAAACUAAAAAAAAUCUUUUUACUGAUCCCAAACUAUUGAAUUCUUGUAAAGAAUCAACAAAUAUCUUAACUACUCGUUCAAUAAAUGAAAAAUGUGAGAACAAAUGUCGGCUAUCUUCUCAGAAUGAGUUAAAAGAUCAAAGAGCAAAAUCAAACGCUAUAAAUAUUAAUAACGUGGAGGUGAAUGAGAAAUCCGACAGCAGAAAUAGUGAGACUGUUGCUGUUUCAUUAAAAAGUCCUUCUGAAAAAACUGAUUCACCUAAAACAUACAUUAUUCAAACUAUACCUGAAACAAGUACCUUUGAGUCUCAAAACUUGAAUCAAUCUGUAACUGUUAUGACAAAGUCUGUUACUAUGGCAACUGACCCUGAUCAUUUGAAGGAGGUUUUAAUUGAAGAUGAAGAGCAUAACAUGUUAGACUAUGGAAAAUAUUGUUUUAUUGAUCCUACAACAGGCGAUAUUCAAGUGCUGAGAACACGUUCACGAAGUUUGAACAGUUUAGUUAGCUUUACUGCUUUAAGUCAGUUGAGUCGUUCUCCAAGUCAUUCAUCAAGUCGAUCAAAUCUGUCAAGAUUUGGGAGCUUUGAAUUUGUAACCGGAGGUGAGGUAAUUAUUGCAGAGAAAAAUCAAGCAGCUCUUACUUCACGCUAAAAAAACCUUUCAAUAAUUUUUGAUAAAUUAUUAUUAUUUAAUAAUAAUCAUAUAUAAGUUAUAAUAUUUGAGCAUUAUUAUACAAUAAUAUUUUACAAAAAUAAUAGAUAGUAAUUUUAGAAUAUUAUUAUCUAAUAAUAAUAUAUAACAAAAUAUUAUUUUUAAAUAUUAUUAUCAUAUUGAAGUUAAAAAAACAACAACAUGUUGCGUCAUGUUCAUUUAAUGUAAGUAUUUUGCAAAAACAAUAUUCUCUGAGGAAAGACCGUUUAUUCUUACAUAAAAGCUUUUAUAUGUAUUUAUGAGCUCAUCUUUUUAUAUAUAUAGAACUUUAAAUUAUUUAUAUAUUAUAUAUAUGUUUACUUUUUGAUAUUUUCUUUUUUUCAAUUUUUAUGUUAACUAUUUCAUUUAGAUUCUUUUUAAAAUUCUUUUUUUUUUUUUAAUAAAAAACAUUUUUCUACAUUGUAAAAUAAAUCACGUUUUUUAUAAUUAAUUUUAUUAUUUGGUUUUAAACGUUUUUAUAAUUUGUUAUCCAAGGAAACCUAAAAUACGUGGGAUUUUUAUUUUAAACUGUCAUGGUUUAAAAAUCUUGUUUUAUAUUAUAUAAAAAUUGUUUCUAAAUUUUCUUUUGUUAAUGGAUUAAAUCAAUAUAUUUUGAAAAAUGCGUUUAUUGUAUAAACGGUUUUGAUACUUCGAUUUUCAAGUGAACCUCAAAAAAAUUUUAUAUGUACGUUAAUUGUUACGACAAAUAUAAAUAUAUCUUAAAAAGCACUUCAAAA